GUCAAUAUCGAGAUUCACAAGGGCCGUUUGAUGACGAACGUGAUGGUGCCGGGCGCCAUGGCCAUCGACAUCGACUGUUCGCAGAUAAUUACCCAGCAUGGCAGCGCCACAAUAUGGCGAUGCACUUCUCGCAUUCAUUCAUGGUAUAUAUAAUUCGGCCGAGAAGCACGCACCAGCUGUAUACGGUGGAACGUCUUUUCGCCGUAUCGCCCUCGACUAGCACACAACCCGUCCUUGCUAGCACCGCGACCUCCAUUCUCCGUCUCCGACCAGUAGCGCCCUCUAAUGUUGGAACACCGGGACCGCCCGUGCCGUCUGCCCCUCGACUCCGCGGCCGAGCUCGAUUGCGAUGCGGGAACACAUUAAUGGUAUGAAACUACUGAAGCCCGCUGCUAGGCAACGACUGACCGGCGGCAUCAUGGUGACGAGUGGGGGAAUUUGCAGCGCACGAUAGAUGGGGGGCUUGCUGGUAUGUUGACUGAUCGAGGUCGACUCGGACUCCUCGCAGCGUC